CGUCGUUGUCGUCAUUUUCUUAGUAGUUGUGUUUUAUAGUAGUGGUAGUAACGGAGAACGCAAACGGUGGGAUUCAAGGAGCCUAACAUCGUUCGACGAACGAGUGGCCUCCAGUAUCGAACCGACGUUCGUCGUGCGCGGGCAUAAACUGCACGUUCCUUUAUAUAUAUAUAUAUAUACUAACAUAUAUACACAUAUAUAUAUAUAUAAUAUAUUCAACAUACAUUCCAUAAACUCAGACACGCACGCGCGACAUUUACAUAGGUUACGUGCCAUCUCCAGAGAGUACAUAAAAGCCGGACUAAUAUACGUGUGUAUAGAGGUAUAUACAAUUGUACCAAAAAGAUAGAAAGAGAUAGAUAGAUAGAUAGAGAAACAGAGACACCAUUAUUAAGUGAGGAAAAUGUAGCCGGGUUUGAUGUGAACAUAGUCUAACAUUUAACAGUUAAAAGUUAAUAUGAACUAAACAGUAACAGUAACAUCAACAGCAUUAACAGCAGCUGUCCCUCUAUCGAUGCGGACAACUGAACGAGGAGGAGGAAGAAGAGGAGGAGAAGGAGGAGGAGAAGGAGGAGGAGGUUGUGUCGAGAGGGUGCGGUGUCAACCGGCCGUGAAGAGAAUAUUUUCUUUGUCUGCUGUUACUACUCGUACUAUCUGUCUGUCUCUGUUAUUCUUGUCUACGUAUUAGUGCGUGGGGUGUGGUACACCAUUGAAAAACAACCAAAAAAAAAAAAAAGAACAGAAAAGACAGGUGUCUACCGAUUCGAUUAUCGGGGAGCCUUCCUGUUGAAAUAACUCGAACUUAAGUGAGGUUUCAAUUAGAAUUAUAAUGAAGAAUACAAAUCCGUAAGAACCACCGGUGUGUACUAUCGUUAGAACUAGAAGUCAAGUUUCCAAUGGGAUAAUGUUGGUUUAAUCAUAAUUGAAUAAUAAUAAUAAUAAUAAUAAUGUCGCAACGAUCAACACCAACUAGGGAGGAUGGUAGUAAUCCUGGUAGUCGUCAGGAUAGUCCUAGAACACCACGUGGCGGUAGACUCAGAGAUAGGGUGAACUUUUUCGAACAAGUAUGGACCGGUGUUGGUGGUAAUGGUAAUGGUGGUGGUGUUGGUGGUGUUGGUCGAGGUUCACCAACGAGCCUAGUAGACGAACCUACGGAUGAGAUUGAUUCCUCAUCUUCACGUACUCGUACAUUUCGUUCUACUUAUCAACAAUCUAAUAGACCAUCAUCUAGAGCCAGUGAUUCUUCAUUCGAGGAAAGUUUCGAAAGGCUCGUAGAAGAAUGCGAUCUUAACGGGGCUAAAAUAGUUAAAUUCGAAAAGGUCGUGGUUAAAAAAAGUAGCAGAGAAAUCGUUACAUCGAGUGGUGGUGGUGGUGGUGGUGGUGGUGGUAAUGGUGGAAUUAUUAAUGAUUCGAAUAAUGUUACCAUUACUAGUAAUUAUCCAAUCGAAAUAACCGAAAUGAGCAGGACACCGAGCGAGGAACACGCCCUAGAAGAUUCGGCUUAUCAAAGUCACAGCCAUGGUGCACAAAGUCAUGGUAGUGGUGGUAGCAAAUCGAGCUCGGUAACUUCAUCGUUCAUUACUAAAUUUCCAUCCGAAGAAAAUGUAUUUCAAAGAAGGGGCAGCAAUAUUGUUCAACAACAAUUUACAACUGACGAUGAUAAACCACCAUCUGUUUGGUACGCGGAAUAUCGUAAUCAGAGUUUCCAGAAUGUAGCUGCCAAAAUGGAACACCUACGUAGUACCAGGAACCAAUACGAUGCGCAUAUCGCACAAAUCAAAGACGAACAAGAACGCGUGCAAAAGAAGACAUUUGUUAAUUGGAUCAAUUCUUAUCUCUCUAAGCGAAUUCCGCCUCUCCGAGUGGACGAUUUAAUUGAAGAUUUGAAAGAUGGUACACGUUUGCUCGCUUUAUUGGAAGUUUUGUCGGGUGAAAAAUUGCCGGUGGAAAAAGGCCGUAACCUGAAGAGGCCUCAUUUUCUUAGCAAUGCGAAUACUGCAUUACAAUUUUUACAAAGUAAAAAGAUUAAGUUAGUGAACAUAAAUUCGUCCGAUUUAGUCGAUGGACGGCCUCCAGUAGUGUUAGGCUUAAUAUGGACCAUCAUUCUAUACUUUCAGAUCGAAGAAAAUACAAGGGCUUUGGAAUAUCUCGGACAAACUUGGGGUAGUCAGAGUAGUCUUGAAAGUCUUGGUACUCAAGGUUCUGCUGCUAGCGAAAGAAAACGUAUCAGUAGCGAAAAAUGGAAACAAGGUGCAAGAAAAACUUUGCUUCAAUGGGUUACCAAUACUCUACCAAAAGAUAUUGGUAUACAAGUACGUGAUUUUGGUGAAAGUUGGAGAGAUGGUAAUGCUUUCUUAGCCAUAAUCGAUGCUAUCAAAUCAAAUUUAGUGAAUAUGGCAGCUAUGAGAGAAGUAACUAACAGAACAAGAUUGGAAACAGCAUUUGAUAUAGCUGAAGUUGAACUUGGUAUAGCACGUCUAUUAGAUCCUGAAGACGUUGACGUACCACAACCAGAUGAAAAAUCUAUAAUGACAUAUGUUGCACAAUUUUUACACAAUUAUCCGGAUCCAAAAAGUACUAAUCCGGAUUCUCUCUCGUCUAUUAAACAAGAAUACGACGAUCUACUUAAUUGGCUUAACGAUAAGACAAGAUAUCUCGAACAACUCGAUAAAACUAAUUCUUUUCCAACCAAUUACUCGAAAUAUAUUUCGUUUAAUGAAGAAGUAGAAGAGAAAAGAUUGAUUUAUAAUAAAUUGCAAAGUUUGGUAACAACACCAUCGAUAAUAAAUAUAACACGUGAUUUUUUGAAACAUAUACAAACGUUAUGGAAAACAUUGGAAUUGCUUAUGUUGCAUUGGGUUUGGUUAUUGGAUUCCGCGUUACCUGGGGAUUUAGGUUUAACGGGAAGGUGGCUUGCUCGUGCAGAAGGUCUGUUAAAUUCUGACGGUGAUAUACCCGAAGAAAUGACCGAAGAAACGGCAAAUAUUAUUUUGAAAAAGUUAGAAGAACACGCGAAAUUUUUCUCGGAAUUACCGACUAUGAUGAAAAAAUUCGAACAGGCGAAAAAUUCUUCAUUGGCGCAACAACAAGUUCCACGAGAACAACUUGAAAAUAUGACAACGCGUUACAAUGAUUUACCAUCGAAAAUAGCCAAGCGUAAGAUCAAAUUAAAGUUCCUGGAACACAAAUGUUGUCUCGUUGCUUUCCUUUAUUUGUUGGAAACAAAAUUGAAAGGAUGGAAUAUUAAAUAUGGUACAGAGGAAAAGGUUUUACAAAUGUUGGAACAGUAUAACAAUUUUGUUUCUAGAAAUAGAAUAUUUCAAGAAUUUCAAAAGGCCUAUUUAGAUAUGCAGCAAGUUGUCGACGAAUAUAAACGGGAAGGUGACAUAGAUAAAGAUGAAUGCCUACAAAUAGAUCGUUUUAUGCGAGAAACUGGUGAAAAAUGGAAAAACGUUUCGGUUGAUUUGAGAUGCGUGCAAAGUAUGCUCGACGAAGUAGUCGCAUAUUGGUCGAAAUGGACCGAGGGAUCGGACGAAUUUGAAAAUUGGUUGAUUCGUGCUGAAUCAGCAUUGAAUUUGCCGGAAGAAGAGAAAAUGGAAUUCUUCCAAGACAUAAGUAUUUGGAAAGAUAAACAUCAAAAACUUUCUGACACCGUUAAAUUUUUAAUAGUCACUUCGGAAGAUGUCGUAGCACUUCGUUUAAAGGAACAUUAUACAAUUUUGACAAAUAAAUGGGAACACAUAUUCCAAGAAGCGAAACAAUAUAUGCACGCUGGUGAUUUAUUAAGAAAUAGAAAGGAUUAUAGAAUGGGAGUUGAAACGUUACAAAAUUGGUUGAGAAAUGCUGAAUCAGCUUUAUCCACUACACAAUUGACUUCAACCGAACGUAUCAAAGAAUACGGUGAAAAACUUCAGCCCCUUUACAACGAGGUCAAAGAUAUAGAAGAAUUGUUUAAGAAUAUAAGCAGAAAAUUUCAAACCCUUAUACAAGAGUUGUCGCGUGACGAAGUAGACAAAAUGAUGAAUACCCUUAAAAAAGAAAAGGAAGCAUUGGUAAGGGUACGUGCAUUGAUACCAAUGCAAUGGCAUUUGUAUCAUCAAUUACUUGUACAACGAGAAUCAUUGGAGGAUGGUAAAAAAGAAAUAUCCGCGUGGUUGGACGAGGCUGAAAAAUUAUUGAACAGUAUUGAUUUAUCGGGUGGUAGAGAUGCGAUAUUGGCACAAUUGGAACGACACAAAACAUUUUUCUCCCGAACAUUGUAUCACAAAUCAAUGCUCGAAUCUAAGAACAAGAUAUUUUCUAGCAUAGUUAAAUCUGUUGGUAAUAGCGAGGACGUAGAUACGAGUGAAAAUGGUUUGACGUUGAAGGAAUUAAAUGAAAGAUUUGCUAAAGUUUGUCAAUUAUCACAAAUGUGGGAACAACGUCUACAAGAAGUAAUAAGAUGUUUGACGAAAUUCAAAGAUUGCGAAAGACGUAUUUCCGAGUGGUUGUUGUCAGCUGAAAUAUUACUCAACGAUGUACACAUUGACAAUCGUUCAUCCGUUGAGUAUCAUAAAAAUUUCUUCAGUAACGUAUACGAAAAAUGGAUUCAAGAUUUGAUUAAUUCUGCCCAAGAUUUGAAAAAUGUUUUACCUGUUGAACAACAAGCUCCCGUUACUGAAACAGUUGAAAGUUUACAGAAACGUUGGAAAGAAGUUUUAACGUUUGCACCACUUCAUCUUAUGAAAUUAGAAUUUCGAUUGGACGAAGCAACGUUGCUUCAAUAUCUCAAAGAAAUUGAGAUGGAAAUUAAUUCGGAACAACAAGCAUUGAUUCAAAAUGAUGAUAUCGAUGGUAUACUGCAACGAAAUCAAGAAUUUUUUGUCAAUCGUGGUGUUAUUCAAAACGUUGACAGAUGUUUGCAGACGUUGAAGAAAAUUAGCACCACUUAUAGUCAGUUAAAACCUAAUGAUAAUAGUUUGAGUCAAGAGAUUGAAAAAACUGAAAAUUUGUGGAUUGAAACUACCAAGAAAAUAGAGCAUCUCAAAGAACAACUUUAUCAGAUUCCUCAGCAAUGGGCUGCCUACAGAAAAAAAUUCGAUGAGAUGGUGCAAUGGAUGGAUCACGUUGACAGUAUCUUGAAAACUAUUUUACACGAAGUUAAUACCCUGGAAGAAUUUGAAAAAGAGAAAGCUGUUUUUCAGAAAAUAUCUAAAGAAGCUGAUAAUCAACGUGAAGAAAUGAAGUGGUUGGUUCAGACAUUGGAUGUACUUAUUUCCAAUCGUUUAGAUCACGAGGCAAUUUCUGAACAGAAAAAAUUGGAACAAUUAAUAAGUCGAUAUAAAAAUUUGAUACCAACAAUAGAAAUUACAAUGACAAAGACGGAUAUCUAUUCGAAAAGUUAUACUUAUAGAAAAGUAGUCAGAGAAGCGUGUACCCUUUUACGUAAAGUACGUGAACAAUCGAAAGAAGACGUUCCAUUGGUACAUCCUGAGAGUCUUUCAACUGCUGUUGCUCAGCAAGAAACUCGUCUUCAACAAUUGGAACAACAAAGGGCUAACAUAGUUAGCAUGUUGCAACGUGGAAAAGAUCUUUUGAAAGAUCAACACGCGCCAACUUUCAUAUCUUCCGAGGUUCAACAAUUAGAAGUUAAUUGGAACGAUACUUACGGACAAAGUAUAGAAACUUUGAAAUCUUUGAAAAACACACAGAAAUUAUGGGCCGCUUACGAGGAACAAAAAGCAGAAAUUUUGAAACUCAUGAAACAAGCUGAAGAAGAAUUGAACAAAGUUAAAUCGAGCGUUUACAACGAUGCCGCACAAAUGUCUGCCGAUCUUCAGAACAAACAAGAAUUUAGCACGACUUUGGAUAAAUCUGCUAAAGAAAUGAUAACUAAAUUGCGUGAAAUUCAAAGUAAUUUAUCUGACGUAACACCGGUCGAGAAAAUCGAAUUCAUAGAAAAAGAAAUCAUAGAAACGGAAAUGAAAAUGGAAACAACGUUGAAAGUUUUACACGAGACUGUUGUACAUCUUCAGGAAUAUAAUUCUAAAUGGACUAAAUUCCAAUCGAAAUUUGGAGAAUUACAAAAUUGGACUCAACAGAGGAUACCGCAAUCAUUGGCAGAAAUUGAGAAUUAUGCUAUGUCUCCUGAAGAACGGUUACAUAAAACUGAACAUUUACAAAAGGAAAUUCACGAAAAGAUGAACAUAUUGAAAAUUCUCAAAGAAGAAUCGCAAACACUUAAAACAGAUGAGACAGAUGGUACGGAAUCCAAACGUUUGGAUAAAGAAUUGGAAAGUCUUGAGAAAGUGGUAAAAUCGCUUCAAGAAAAUAAUGAAAUACAACGGCAAACAGCUGUACAAAAUUUAGCAACAUGGAAAGAAUACGAAAUGGGAAUUCAAAAGGUAAAACCUUGGGUCGAAGAAGCAGAAUCGAAAGUAUCAUCGAUGGGAAGUAAACCAACUAAUCUUGAGCAAGCUAUCAAAAUGUUAAAUAUUGCUAAAACUUUUGAGAAUCAAUGUCAACAACAACUUCCUCAAGUUCAAAAUCUUUCAUCGGUUAGUCAACAAAUUACGGGAAGAACUGCUGCACCCGAUGAAAUUGAUGCAGUUUAUAGAAGAUGGAACGUCGUCCACGACAUGGCUAUACAAAUAACAACGAAAUUGGAUAAAUUAGUUUCCUGUUGGAAUAAUUUUGAAAGCGACACCAAAGAAUUUACCGAGUGGUUGGAAAAAAGUGAGAAAGCAUCCCUCGUUGUUCCCAAUAUUCAAACACCAGAAGUCAGUAAACUCGAACAAGAAUUGGCUAAUUUGAAAGGUUUCAGUAAAUCAAUAUCUGAUCAUCAAGCUCAAUUGAUAUCGUUGACUCAAGUAUCCGAUCACAUUACUCACGGUUUGUCAUUGGAAGGUGGGACUAAUUUAAAAAAUCGUAUGUCAGAUUUAAAGGCACGUGUCAGUAAGCUAGCUGAUACGGUAAGACAUCAAAUUAAUCUCGUAUCAGAUUCUUUAUUGGCUAGACAAGAAUUCCAAAUGAAAAUAGCUGAUUUUGAGAAUUGGAUGUCUACGUUAAAAUCAAACAUUGCUGAUAUCAAUGAAGUUAAUAUCGAUAACAUCGAUACUACAUUGCAAGCCAUUCACGCAUAUCUUCAAGAACAUUCGGAAAAACAGCCAAGUUUUGCAGCCAUUUAUGACGAAGUUAAACGUCUAUCUGGCCAGGGUUCGAAACAAGAAGCUGCAGCAUUGGAUGAAAUAUAUAUUUCAUUAGCUAAUAAAUAUAAAGAUUUGGAGGAUGAAUUACAUCAGAAGAAAAAGAUUUUAGAAAAAUGGAUAGAACUGAUGAGCUGGUAUAACGAAACAACAGCCCAAUUGGAAUAUUACAAAUACGAAGCUGAAGCUCGUAAACCAACUGUCAAUGAUUUGAAUAGAUUAUCUUUAGAAUUGCAAGAUGUACAAUCGAAAUUGAAUACAUGGAGAAAUCAAAUAGGUGCUAUAGACAGUUCAUUGAAAGUUCGUAUUCGUGACAAACAAGAGAAUCCACUUACAGCGUCUGCUUUGGUCAGUGAUUUGGAAGCUAAAGCGGUCGUCUUGGAAACCGAAUUAUCAUCUAAACGUGAAAAAUUAGAAACCCUUGGCGCAAGGUGGGAUAAUUUCAAAAAAUUGCAAGAGAAAAUAACUGAAGAUAUCUUGAAAACUCAAAGUAAUUUACAAGAUAUUACUGACAACGUUGAUUCUUGCGAACAAUUGGCACCCGCGGUAGACAAAAUAGAACAAUUAAUAGAAAUACAUCAAGGAAAGGAACCUGACAAACAAUUACUGCAUCGCGAAGCUGACAAUUUAAUGCAGGAAGAUCAAAGAGCUAUGACAAACAUUCAAGUUGUUUUGUCAUACGUCGAUGCCAAUUGGGAAAAGGUUAGUGUUCUUCUUCAAGAACAAAAAAAGAAAUAUGCGGAAAUGGAUAAUGAUUGGAAACAAUACAAAGAGGCUGAAGACAAAUUACAAAGAUUCAUGAACGAAUCUACAUUGUUGUGUCAAAGUGUGAAAGAAAUUCCCGAUGAUAUAACACAAGCAACAGUAGCUUUGGAUAAAUAUAAAAGAGCGUUGGAAAUUGUAAAAAAGGGAAAACAAUUUUUGGACAAAAUGGAAUCAAAAGCUCAACAGAUUACGAAAGAUGCUUCACUUCUGCCCAAUUUUAAAUCGGAUUUGGUGACUUCGAAUUUAAAUGAAAAUCGUAAGAAAUAUCAAGAAACUUAUAGCAACAUUAUCGACAAAUUACAACUCUACGAAACGCAACUUAUUAUUUGGAAACAAAUAGAAGAAGCGAAAUAUGAAUUGACACGGUGGCUCAGUGACACCAAUGAAGCACUCACGUCAGCUCGUGAAUGUUUACUCGAUUCCGAAAGUGGACAAAUGCGUUUGAUAAGAUAUCGCGAGGAAUUGCCAGCGCAUUUGCAAUUCAAGCAAGGAAUCGAGACCAAAAUUGAACAAUUAAAGAAAUUGAAUAAAACUACCCACGUACCGACGUUGGACGCAUUGAGAAAAUUAUUAGACGAACAAUUUGAGACAGUCAAAGAGGCGGCAGAGAAAUUAGAAUCGUUGACGAUAACGUUGAACGAAAAAGAGAAAGAUAUUAGAAAGGAGAUUGAAAAAUGUAGCGAAUUGAUAUCGAAAAUUCGCGAAGAUAUUAUUAAAUGCGACGAUUUGACAGGUGAAAAUACAAAAAUACUCGGUAGAAUAAAUAAGUGUCAAGAAUUGAAAGGUAAAUUAGACGAAUGCGAUGAUACUUUGUCGAUGAUCGAAGAAAAUCUUGCGAUAACUACGUCGGAAUAUCCAACCAUAUCUAAAUCUACUUUGAACAAGGAACUUCAAGCUUUGAUAUUACGAAAAGAAGGUGUCAGUAGUCACGCAGGAAAAGUUAACGCAACCUUGGUUGCAUUCUUAACGAAAUUAUAUCACGAGAAAUUUGGUGCUUUCCAACGAAUGGUAGGAAUUCACAAGGAAAAGGUUGCUUGGUGCGAACCGGAACAAAGUAGCGAUCGUUACAAUCUCGAAGUUAAAAUGGCAUCAUUGACAGACGUUGAAAUUGGUAUUAACGAUUGCGACGCCAGAAAAGAUGACGUUGAUAAUUCAUUGAAACUAUUGGAAACCGUGGAGAGUCCUGAAAUCACUAAUGUUCUUAGAAUCGAACGUGACAAGGUAUCGUUGGAAUUGGAAUCGUUGAAGGAAAAUUAUAAAAAGAUUAAAUCUUUGUUAGAACACAACGUUACGUUAUGGCAACGUUAUGAAAAUUUAUCCGAAAGCGUGGUCACCUGGUUGAAGGAAAAUGAAAAUAGAAUAAGAGCGGAAGCAUCGAUAUUGCUUAAUAUAAAUGAGAUAGAAAAUAAGAUCAAAGAAAUCGAACAAUUGAAAACCAUUGCUAAAGAUUAUCAUACGGUUUUGCAAGAUGUAAUUAAUUUAGGCGAGGAUAUUAACAAAGUUAGUCCCGAAUCUCGUGUUAAACAAUACGUAGGACAUCUUGACAGUCGAUACCAAUCGAUACUCAAAUUUUUGUCACAAUAUUUAGACAGAUUACGUGAAUUAAAGGAUAGUAGAGAUCAGUAUACAAUAAGUACCACGGAAUUACAAUCUUGGAUAGAUAAUGCUGAACGUAAAUUAAAAGUUUUCGAUGAGAUAAGUGGUCCAAAGCCAAUGACGUUUUAUCAGUCGCGAUUAAAGGAAUUGAAAGCAUUCGCGGAGGAAAGGGAAACUGGUCAAUCAAUUAUGAAUCAUGCCGCGGAAUUGGGUGAAGCUCUUUUCGCAAGGAUCACUCCCGACUGUCGUGAAUUUAUCAGAACCGAAUUAAGAAAUUUACGUAAUCGCGUAGAUGCCUUGACGGAUCAUGCCAACGUCAUUUAUAAACGAAUUGAAAGCGACAUGAUGCAUCGUUCAUCAUUUGAAGAUAAAUAUUCGCAAGUUAAACAAUGGGUUAUCGAUGCGGAAGCUAAAUUAGGCGACAAACAGAUGCUCCUACCGAAUCUUCAAGAAAAAAAGCUUGCACUUCAAUCCUAUAAAGCUAUUGCGCAAGACGUUAACGUUCAUAAAAAUAUUUUACAACAAUUGGAAGAUCGAUUAGGCAAAACACCGGACGACGAAGCUAGCGAAAUGUUAAGCAGCGUUGUUGCAGCAUACGAAAAACUAUCUAACAAUGUUGAAGAUCGAAUUAGAAUAGCUGACAAAUACGUAUCCAAUCACGAAUCUUAUUUGCAAACGUUUGAAAAAACUCGCGAUUGGAUUAACACGAUAAUCAAUGAAACUGCAUCACUCAUAGAGGAUCUACCGGUUGAACGGGACAUUGCUAAAUCAAAGACAACUUUGAUUAAAAAUGUUUUACAACGUAAAGCUGAGGGUGAUCGCGUUUUAUCCGAUUGUAACGAACAAUUAAAUAUCAUUCUUGAACAAACAUCUAUUCCUGGUCACGCGGCUCUGAUCAAAGCAUUCGAAGAACAGAAAAAGAAUUGGGAAGAUUUCUUGGGUCGUUGUUCAGCUACCACUGACGUAUUGGAUCAUCUUUUUAAUCAGUGGUCGGAAUUCGAAAAAGUUGUCGAAGAUUUGGAAGCGUGGACUAAACAAAUGGACAGUCAAUUGAAAGAUCAAAGUUUAAAGAGUACGGAAGAAGCCAAGCGUAUGCAUUUACAAAAAUUAAAGAAUUUGGAAGAAUGCAUAGCACAAAAGGGUUCCGAGUUUAGUUCAGCUAUAAAGAAAAGUCAAAGUAUCGAGGGAAGUUCGGAUUUGUCAACGAGAAUAUCACGUCAGGCUACGAAAUAUCAAUCGCUUAGAAAUCAAGUAAAAGAAUCUGUAUCGAGAUACGAACAAUUCGUAAAGGAGCACAGUACGUUCAAUGAAAGAUACAACGAAUUGAUUAAAUGGAUUUCCGGUGUUAAAGGAGAAUUAAAGAAACACAGCGAAAUCGUUGGUAAUCUUUCGUUAUUGCAAAAUCGACAAAAAGCUAUUCGAGAUCUCAGCGAUACUCGAACCAAAGAAAAUGCACGUUUCGAAUCUGUCAUUGAUCUCGGGGAAAAACUUUAUUCCCAUACGUCACCGGAUGGUCGUGAAACUGUUAGACAACAAUUGAGGGAUUUGAGAACCUUGUGGAAUACAUUUUCCGAAGAUCUCCAGUCGGCAACGCAAAAAUUAGAUCAAUGUUUGAUGCAUUUUGCCGAAUUCACGUUGUCCCAAGAACAAUUAACGUCUUGGCUUCGUGACGUUGAAAGUGCCAUGGAACAGCACACGGAAUUAAAAUCUUCUUUGGAAGAAAAAAGAGCUCAAUUACAAAAUCAUAAGAUAAUGCAUCAGGAAAUAAUGUCCCAUCAGAAUUUGGUCGAAUCAGCUUGCGACAAAGCUCAACAAUUAAUCGAUCAAACCAAGGACACGUCUUUGAAUAUAUACCUGCAAACGAUUAAACAAUUGUUUAACGAUAUCGUUGCUAAAUCUCAACACCUAUUAGAGAAUUUAGAGGAUUGUGCCGAAAAACAUAAUUGCUUUAAUCUGCAAUGCAAAUACUUUUCAAAUUGGUUAACCGGCGAACGGGAAAAACUUGCCGAAUGUAAUGAUAUUACUGGAGAAAAAAGUGAAAUUACUCGUCGUUUGGCGACACUUUCUUUAUUGAGGGACAAUCAAAUACAGGGUGCUGAACAUUUCGAAAAAUUGAAACAACUUAGUUCAGCUAUGAUGAAGAGUACUGCAAUUAAAGGACAAGAACUUAUCAAUAAAGAAGUAUUAAGUCUGGAAAAGAGUCUAUCUCAAUAUCUAACUGAAAUUGAAUCUGUUGAAGAGAAGCAAAAAGUUGCUUUAAAGAAAUGGCAAGAUUUCGAGGAUCAAUUGGAAGCCCAUGGACGUUGGUUCACAUCGAUGGAAGCUGCAUUUAGAGAUCAACAAUUGCAACCAACGUUGAAGGAUAAAGAAGCCAGGCUUCAAAUGUUCAAAGAGAAACGUGACGUUAUAUUGAAACAAGAACAAGAAAUCGAUGCGUUCGUGGAUAUAUCUCACAAUUUAUUGCAUUCCAGCGGUCUCGAACGUAUCAAAGUUUUAAUUUCUCAAAUCAGCUACAGAUAUCAAUUACUUCAUACGUUCAGUAAAGAAGUUAUAAAUCGUUGUCAAAGUAUCAUAGACGAUCAUCAAACGUACGAAGAUAAAUUGAAAUCAAUCGAUGCAUGGUUAACACCAUUGGAACAAAGUUUGGCCACUUUGAAGAGAGAAGACGUUGGUGGAAAUCUCGAAGCAAGAGCAUUGUGUUUGCAAACGUUAUUAGCUGAGAAAGAACAAGCGGAACAUCGUUUAUCCGGAUUAGCUGCAGCUGGUGAAAGAAUCUUACCAGAUACCUCAGCUCAAGGUCGAGAAAUUAUACGACAUGAAAUAAGACGUGUAAGAGAACGAUGGGAUAAUCUUGCUGAAGGUAUCACCGAACAACAAAAGAAACAAGAUGCUCAAUCAUUGCAAUGGUCUACUUAUCAAGAAACAUUGCAACAAACGCUUCUUUGGUUGAAUACCAUGGAAAGAGCUAUAAAACAGGAUCCACCAGUAACUUGGCCUUCAUUGCAAGAAAUCAAAUCGAAAUUAUUGAAGAAUAAAACGUUGCAUCAAGAAAUCCUUGCUCAUAAACGUAUAAUAGAAGGAAUUUCCGAAAAAGCAAAUGCUUUGAUUCAAGUUGCACAAGCACCAUUGGACAUUCAAGAUAAAGUUACAUCGGUUUCCGAUAGAUACGAGAAACUUGUUGAUAAAUCGCAGAAAUCUAUAGCCAGUUUAGAAGAGUUCCUUGAUAUAUUCCAACAAUUUCAAGAUCUUUAUCGUGCCUAUCAGGAUUACCAGAAACAACAGUGGGAACAAUUGAUCAGUUACAGCGAUUCCAUUGCUAAUAAAAAUACUUUACAAAAUAGAUUGGAUAAAGUACUCGAAAUACAGGACAAACAGAAUGAAGGUGAAUUGAAAUUAAAUGUUUUGGCGGAACAUGUUUCCCAAAAUGCAAGCAGUUUAUCACCAAAGGUAUAUUACGAGUGCAUGAGAAAAGACGUGGCUAAUUUAAGAUUCGAGAGCAAGAAUUUUGCUAAUGCGGUCAGUGACGUAAUUCGUUGCAUAGAAGAAAGAAUGGCACAAUGGAACGAAUACGAAAAUUUAUUGGAACAAUUAAUUGUUUGGCUGGGCGAUGCGGAAACUACUUUGAAAAAUUAUUCGAUGAAAAAUACGAUCGAAGAAAAACAAGAACAAUUGGAAAAAUAUCAAGAACUACAAAAGGUCGCUGAAUCACGGAAUACGGAUGUAACUGAAUUGGUGGCGCUUGGUGACCACCUUGAACAAACGUUAAUCGCAAAUCUCAGGCAAAACGAGGUAGACUUCGAUAAAAUGAGAUACGGAUUUGAUUCAUCGGAGUUGAUCCAGAUCAGUGGGGAGACUAGAUUUUCUUCUAGCGUGCAACAAAUCAAUUCUAGAUUUCAAUCAGUACAGAGUACUGCUAAGGAACUGAUGAAAAAAUGUGAACAAGCUUGUUCAGAUCAUAAUGCAUAUCUAGAACGUUACAAACAAUGUUCAGAAUGGUUGGCUACAGCAAGGGGACGUUAUCAAUCGGUUGCGGACAAUUUGUGCGGCACGCAUCAAGAAUUAAUAUUAAAGGCUGAUACAUUGAAGGAACUUUUAGGAAGACAAUCAUCAGCAAUGUCUUUAUUGAACAGUACAAUUGAGACAGGUGAACGUUUGUAUCCUACAACCGGUGUAGAGGGAAGAGAAAUCAUUCGUCAAGAGUUAUCGGACCUUCAACAAGUUUUGGAAGGAUUGUACGACGACAUUGCAUCAACGGAACGUGAUUUGCAAGGUAGAAUCGUUAAAUGGUCAGGUUUCGAUGAGUGUAGCGAAGGAUUUGAAAAAUGGUUGAAAGAUGCGGAAUCCCAAUUGAAAGAGGACAUAGAAUUGAAAACAACUUUGGACGAAAAACGUGGACAAUUGCAAAUAUAUCGUUCUUUCUUGCACGACGUUCAAGUACAUCAACAGGAUUUGUUAGAUCUUUCGGAUAAAGCUGAUAAUCUUCCAGAACGUACGGACAAAAUUGAUUCUAUAAUAAAUAAAUUGAAACGCAGGCACGCUGAAGUAUUGAAACGUGCCACAACGUUUGUCGAAAGAUACGAGGGAAUUGUCAGUGAUCAUCAACAGUAUAGUAAAGCAGUGUUAGAUACACACGAAUGGUUGGAUGCAACCCAUAAUGCUGUUAAUCUAUGGGGCGAUACAGAAUUAGAACGAGUUUCACUUCAUACGAAUUUGGAUCGUUUGCAAAAUCUUUUGCAUACACUUCCGGAAGAACAACCGAGGGUACAACAAAUUCGUGUUCUUGGUGAAAAAGUGAUACCCGGUACAUUGGAAACCGGUCAAAUAAAUAUACGAUCGCAGAUAGAUUCGUCCCAACAGGAAUGGGAAGGUUUAAUAUCUGCUGUUAAAUCGACCAUAGAAGCUUUGGAAAAUAAAUUACAACAGUGGAACGAAUUUGAAAACUUUAAGGAAAGAUGUUUGAUUUGGAUCAAGGAUACGGAUACGAAACUUCACGCUGUAGAUUUGAAAUCGACAUUUGGGGAAAAGAAAGAUCAAUUGGAAAAAUUGCGUUCCCUGCAAGGUGAGGUACGUGCUAAGGAACUUGAAAUUGACGCGGUCACCGAAAGGGCCCAACAGUUGCAUAAAAAUCUAUCCUCGAGAACAUCGCACAUAUCCGAAUUGAGUAUUAAGUAUCAACAAAUAUCGAGUAAAGUUAAAGAUUUGAACAAUCGUUGGCAUCAAUUCGUAGCCGUGCAUCAAGAAUUCGACAAUCAAUUAUCCGAAUGUAGCAGAUGGUUGAACGACAUCAAAAACAAAUUGGCUUAUUGUUCGGAUUUGAGUGCGUCUUCGCAAAAGGAUUUGGAAAAUAAAAUGGAAACAAUGCAAGAUAUAUUGUUGUAUAAAGAGGACGGAUUUACAAAAGUUCAAAGUAUCGUUGAAUUGGCCCAAGCUGUUUUGGCUAAUACAGCACCGAGUGGACAUCAAGCGAUAAACGAAGCAUUGGCGAAUCUUCAAGAACAAUGGAGUGCCGUUGCAUCGAAAAUGCUCGAAACCAAAACGAAUUUGGACGAUUCUAUUAACAAAUGGGCCGGUUUACUCGAACAAAUUCAAUCGAUUAAUAAAACUAACGAGUACAUGCAAACGUCAUUGGAAGAAAUGUCACAAUUCCAAGCGACAAUGACAGAAAAAAGGAGCCAAUUGGAACGUAUAAAAGCAUUGGAAGAGAAAAUUAGAUGCGAGAACAUAGAAGUCGAAAGUUUGAAAGCCAAAGUAGCCGAAAUGAUAGCCAGCGGUCAACAAGGUUUGGCUGCUUCUCACGCCCAAGAUAUAUUGGGUAGAUUCGAUAUGCUGUUUGAAAAAAUUAAAUCAUUAUUGACGGAACGCGAGGAACAAUAUAAGGAUCAUCGGCUUUACAAAGAAGCUCACGACAAUUUGAUUAGUUGGCUUAAUCGUGCGCGCGAAAAGAUACCCGCGAUGAAACAGAGAUCGUUGAGCGAUAAAUUAGCGAUUGAAAAUGCUGUAGCACCAUUGGAAAGUCUUCUCAAUAAAAAAGCCCAAGGGGAACUUUUGGUAGAACAUUUGCAACACACUGGAAAAGUUGUAUGCGUUGGUACCAAUGUUCAGGGGCAAGAAGUCAUCAAAAAUGAGAUUCGUGCUUUAACAGAAAGCUUCGAAGGAUUGUUCAAAGAAAUCAAACAACAAAAGGAUCAAUUGGAAUCAACUAUCAGUCAGUGGCGCGAUUACAAAGACGAAUAUGAACGACUUAGCGAUUGGUUGCAACAAUUUGAUAUUCUUAUUAAAGCACAGAAGAAUGCGUUGUUACCAAACGUUAAAGAGAAACAAAAGCAAGUGCAAGAGGUCAAAGAAAUAUUGAACAAUUUGACCAAGGGUCAAGAACAAUUCGACAAAUUUAAUAAAACAGCUUCUGGUCUGCUUUCCUCUCAUUUGGAUACUUACGUUAAUAAUCAAUUACGUCAUUUAAAUUCGCGAUAUCAAGUGCAAGUGAAUCUUGCUAAGGAUGUACUGAACAAAGUAGAAAUUAAUUUGGCUCAACACGAGGAGUACGAAGCAUAUCUCGGGAAGGCACGGGAUUGGAUUGAAAAUGCAAAACAAAUCAUAAGACAAGGAACGGAAGCAGCAUCUACGAGUAGUAGAAACGAAUUGCAAAACAGAUUGGACAAAAUACAAGAAUUGUUGAGGAAACGCGAGGAGGGACAAAAUUUGGUACACUUGACGAUAAAUUGCGGUGAAAAGGUUAUGAGAAAUACAAGAUCGGAUGGUCGGGAAGAAAUCGGUUCGCAAUUGAAAGAUAUACAAAAUGAUUGGGAACGUUUAGUUAAGAAGAUAUCAACUACUAAAGUACACUUGGAAACUAGUCUUUUACAAUGGGCCGAUUAUAGUUCAUCUUAUUCGCAAUUGCAACAGUGGAUCAACGAUCGCGAAGCGAAAUUGCAACAGGUUUGGGAACAAAAAGUAUCGAAAGCUAAAAAAGGUUCAGCCGGUUUGAGUUCUUUAGCGAUCGGGGAAAGAAAAGCUAAUUUGCGUCAGACGAAUAGUAUCGUACAAGACAUCGUUGCAUUCGAACCAAUGAUUCAAUCAGUAGCAACUAAAGCAGAAGAUCUUAGACAAGCAACACCAGCAACCGAGAUAUCAAUUAAAUAUAAAACAUUAAGUAAACACGCCCAAGAACUUUAUGCGAAACAAAAGGAAACGGUUGAACAGCAUCAGGCAUUUAUCGAUAGUGGUAAUGAAUUUUUACAAUGGAUAAGAGUUGCCAAAGAAAGAUUAGGGAAAUGUUCGGAACCAACGGGUGACAAGGAAUCGAUAGCAAGUAAGAUUACACAAUUGAAGGUAUUGCAGUGUGAACUUUCAGAGGGACAGAAAAAACUUGAGAAAGCUUUAGAACGUGGUAAUGCUGCCUGUCAAAUUGCUGACGCUGAGGAUAAAGAAAUUAUCGAGGAGGAAGUAGCAUUGUUGCAAGACGAAUACGAUAAUUACGUGGACUCGUUGGGUACUACAAAAUCUUUAUUGGAAGAGGCCAUUGUAAAAUGGACUCAAUACGAGGAACAAUUUUCUGAAGCUGCCGAAUGGUUAACUCAAACCGAACAACUCGUACAAUCUUAUAAUAAAUUACAGGACAGUCUUGAAGAAAAGAAAAACGUUCUCGAACAAUUCCAAGUACAUUUGCAAACAUUAUUCGAUUGGCAAAAGGAAUUAGAUCGUUUGAAUAUGAAAGCCCAAAUGUUGGUAGAAACCUGUGCCGACACUAGAAUUUCAAACGCGGUUACUCAAUUGACCACCAAAUACAAUGCACUUUUGUCGCUUGCCAAAGAAAUUAUGCGACGAUUGGAAUUACAUUAUCAGGAACAUCAACAACACAAUACGUUGCAUCAAGAGUGCGAGGAUUGGAUUGAACGUACCAGAAACAAAUUGGUUGAGUGCAUGGAAAUUCCUAGUACAUUGCAGGAAGUUAAUAAUAAAUUGCACACUUGUAAAACUAUACGGCAAACCUUGGAACAGGGUCAAAAUAAAUUACGUUAUGCAUUGGAAUUGAAAGAAAAGGUUAUCAUGAACACCGAACAAAACGGUGCUGUUAAAAUUCAAGAGGAUACCGAAAAUCUUAAAGCUGAAUUCGACAAAUUGUUAGCCGACGUUGAAAUUGCUAGACAAAAACUUUCCGUACGUGCAGGUGUACUCGAAGAAUUGAACAAAAUUCACAGAAUGAUAGCUGAUUGGAUCGAAGAGGUCGAAGGCAAAGUUCAGGCCGAAGAAAUCUAUAGAAAUGAUCUCAGCGAAAAGCGUGCUCUUUUGGAAAAAUUCAAAACUGUAUUAAGAGACAUAAUUGGCCACGGUGAUUCAUUGAAUCGACUUAAAACGCGUCUCGCUGAAGAUUCGACAAUACAAAAAAGUCCGUACGAGGGAACCAUCACUAAAUAUGAAUCAAUUAAACAAUCGAUUGCCGAUAAAAUAAAUAAAUUGGAAAAUCAAAUAAAGGAUCACGAAAAGUUUCAGCAAGCUUAUAACGAAGCUGCCGAUUGGGUACGUCAAACAAAACUUGAACUUCAACAACAUAGUGAUACUCAUGGCGAUAAAGGACAAGUAUUGGAACGUGAAAAUAAAGUGAGUCAAAUUAUUUCCUCAUUGCCGAAGGGUGACAAAUUAAUCUCGAAAGUAAUCGAAUUAAGAGAUGCCGUAAUUUCGACUACCGGUACGGAGGGUCAGGAUUCUAUCAAACAAGAUGUCAAACAAUUGCAAAAUGAUUGGUCUUUAUUACAAUCACAGUGUCACGAUUCCUACGAAACUCUUAACAAUUGCAUAUCAACGUGGUCGCAAUUCACGGCUGCUGUUGAUAACAUGAAAGCAUGGAUCGAUUAUUUCCAACAGAAGGUAAUCGACGAACAAUCGAAAGAAAAUAAAACUCAAGUAGAUUUAGCUCGGUGCAAGCAAUUGGUCGACGAAGCUGUCGAACAAAAACCCGUUCUGGAAGAUUUGAACGACAAAUGCGAGGCCUUAUUGGAAAUGAGUGCAUGGAGUUUGGCGCGUGACAAAACGGUACAACUUCAAUCGUCUUACACGUCUCUGUUAACCGAUGCGCAAAGUUUGGUUUCCAAGGUUGAGAAAAAUCUAUCAGAUCAUACGGAAUUUUUAAAAGCGAAAAAGGAAAUGGAAGAUUGGUUGUGUACCGUGCAAAAGUCAGUAAAAGAUUGCGUUGGUACGGGUGACGAGGCAUGGGCUAAGAAUAAAUUAGCAAUCCUUAAGGUUGCAGCUUCGCAAAUAACCGAAGGUCAACAAUUAUUGUCUACGUUACAGAAUGCAUUCGUUAAGGCAAUUAACACGGCAUUACCAGAACAACAAGAUCAAUUAAGAACAGAUAUGGCUGAUCUACGAUCGAACUGGGAACAAUUGACCAUGGAUUUAAAUACCAGUCAAGCACGAGUUAAAUCUAUUCUCAGCAGAUGGGAGGAUCAUUUGGAAGCUUAUAACAAAUUUAAAAAAUGGUUGGACGAUACUUACGAAUCCACGGAAGAUUUGCCAAAUACUAAAGGUGAAUUUGGUGAAAUGAAAACAUUAUUAGAACGAUACAAGCACAUACAAGAAACGGUGCACAGUAAAAAGACCGAUUUGGAUAAUUUAAUGGAAGAAGCUGGGGAAUUAUCUAAUUGGGCAGAAAAUAAUGUAACGUUGGAACGAUCAAAAGAAUUAUUGACAAAGUGGCAAGUUUUAGGUGAUCGCGUUGACGAAAGAAAGAAAUUGAUCGAGGAUGAAAUGAAGGAAUACAAUGCGUAUCAUGCGGCAUUACAGGACACAGAAAAGUGGUUGUUACAGAUAUCUUUCCAAUUGAUGGCUCAUAACUCGCUUUAUAUAACUAGUAAAGAACAAACAAUGGCACAAAUGAAACAACACGAAUCGUUGCUGAUAGAAAUACAAAAGUAUCAAACUGUCCUCGAUGAUUUAAAAGCUAAGGGUCAGGGACAAAUAAAUCAAUACGUAACGGUAAAUAAAGAAAUCAAAAACACGAUAGAAACCCAAUUGCAAAACGUUCAAGAUAGUUAUAAUUCUUUGUUGAAUACUGCAUUACAAAUAAAAGGUAGAUUGGCGGAUUCAUUAACGAAAUUCCAAGAAUACGAAAACACAUUGGAAAGUAUUGCGAAGAAUUUGGAUAAUUAUCAAAUUGAAAUUGUUCGCGAGUUGGAUGCACCUUUGGAUAAACUUGCCGAAGCUGAGGAAAGUCUGGAAAAUGCGCGAACGUUGCAUAAUAAGUUGCAAUCGGAGAAAACGCGUUUGGCAUUGGCAAUCGAGGCUUGCGAAGCAGCAGCAGCUUGCAUUUCCAGGCCCGGUAGUCCUUUGGAUGCACCCCCAGUUCAAAUUGCACCAAGGGAAGUUGAAAUUCGUACGAAAUUGGAAGACCUCAUUGAUCAAAUGCAAACCCAUUUGACCAAUGUGACAAAAGUUGUUGCCGAUUUGGAGGAACAAACUAGACAGAAAAAUGCAUUGUGCAUGUGGAUUAAUCAGCAACGCGCACUUUGCGCCGAAUGGAAAUCAAGGCCAGCAAAGUUACGUGCCGAGGCAGCUCAAGCCGAAUUGCAAACGAUGAACGAAUUAUUGGUGAACGUCAAUGAACGUCGUACCCGUGCUUUGAUCGAACUUGCAUCGCAUCCGGAAAUACAAGAGGUCGAAGAUGGGCUUAAUAAAUUGGAAGCUGAAUUGACGGAUGCGAUUGUCGGUAAACAGGCGUCGCAAGAUUUGAUACAAAAGUAUAGAAAUCAAGUGCAAGAUAUUCAAUCGUGGUUUGAUGCUCUAUUGAAAAAAGCCGAUGGCAUUGAAAAAGGCAGUGGUCUUACGAUAGGUCAAAAGAUUUCUAAUAUCAAAGAAAUAAUUGGCGAAUUCGAAUCACAGAGUACAGACAGAUUGGACGAAGUUAAAAAAUUGGGCGACCAAGUAAUGGAUUCUGUCAGUAAUUUGGAUUCGCAACAAAUCGAGGAACAGAUCAAGUUCGUUGAGAGACGUUACACCGAUAUAAGUAAAAAAUUGCAAAGGAAGGCACAAGUUUUGGAUAUGACAGCUCAAGGUAUCGAAGCUACUCGUCAAGAAAUCGAAGAAAAUCGAAAUUGGAUUGAACAGAAAAAGGAACACGCUAGAUUGACCGAACCCUUGGGAUACGAAAGUAAACAAGCUGAAGAAAGAUUGCUCGUUCUCAAGAGUAUAUUGAAAGAAGCCGAAGGCAAACAAAUGAUAGUAGAUACGCUUGAAAAACGCGUUGGAAAUAUGCAAAACGAAUUGGAAACUAGCGAACAACAGCAAUUAGAAGACAAUACGAAAGCUUUGCGCGGAGAACAUAUCGAAUUGCGUACCAUUUUGCAAGAAGAAAUUUCAAUUGCGAGUGCAGCUGUGGAUGCUUGUCGCAAAUUUGAAACCGAUCUGGCACGGGCUCGUGCAUGGAUCAAAAAUAAGAGCAACGAAUUGAAGAAACUUAGCGGAUACCUUCCCUUAAAAGCUUCGAAAGUUGAACAAGAAAUUGUACAGCACAGCAGUUUAGAAUCUGAAAUCGAAUCAUUCAACGAAGGUAAUUUGAAUGAUAUUAUAAAACAGGGACACAGUAUGUUGAAGGAAUGUAACGCGGAGGAUCGUGCAAAGUUACAAAGUUUGUUAGACGAUUUGAACAAAGAUUACGAAGAAUUAAAAAGAGAAGCUAAGGAAAAGCAAGCGUCCCUUAACGAUCUACUUCAAGGACGUAAAUCUUUUGAAAAUGAAAUGGACAAGUGUCAGAGGUGGAUCAAUGAAGCAGAAGUAGCUACUUCGUUAGAAUUACGAACAUCUAGCGUUGAUGUUCUACGUGAACAGCUUGCUAAGUACGAUCGUUUAAAGAAAGAAGCCAAAGAAUACGCAGACAAUAUUGAAAAGAUAACGCAACAAGGAAAAUCUAUUUUGCCAACUAUCAGCGAUGCCGAUAAACAAGAACUCAGUGAACAAUUGAAAUGCAUGAAAGAGGCCCACGAUAGGGUGGCCAAUGUAAUAAACGAACGGGCUAAUAAUCUGCAGAAAAAAAUUGACGAAGCUGAAGAAGCAGCAGCUAGAGUUGCCGAAGCUGUACAAUUCAUGACGGACAUUCAAAAAGAACUUCAGGAUUUGAAUAAACCAAUCGGUGCGCGUAUCGAGGACGUCGAAGGAAUGUUAGCAGCUUAUGAAAGAAUAUUGGAUGAUCUUAAAAAUAAUAAAUCUAAGUUGUCCGGUUUGCAAUCAGCUAAUGUUGGUGAUCUUCAAAGUAUUCUUGCUCAACAAGAUGAUCUUAUAAGAGCAUUGGAAGCACAAAUUGCUAAACUUAGACAACUUUUGCUUCUUCGGCAACAAUUUAUAGCAUUGGUUGGUGAAAUUACUACUUUCAUUGCUAAAUAUACUGAAAUCAUUCGAGAUAUUGAAAAAUCUGGUCAAACAACUGAAGACAAAAUCAAAAGAUACGAUGAUGCUAUAUUAAAAAUACAAGAAUGUGAAGCUACACUAGCAAGUGCCACAGAUAAAGGACAACAAAUAGCUGCUGAGGGUUCAGCAGUUGAUAGAAAUAUCAUAACGGAACAAUUGCAAACGCUUAAACAACAACUCCAAGGUCUCAGAAGAGCCGUAGAAACGCAGAGAGAAAAGCACGAGUUAGCUGCAGCAGAACACAGAAGAUUGGCCGAAGAAUUGGCCGACAUUUUAGAUUGGAUAGAGAGCAAGGAAAAAGAAGUCAAGUCUAGGCCACUUUUAGAAAGGGAUCCGCAAAGUGUCGAAGAAGAAAUAAAUAAGCACAGGAUUCUUUGCGACAGUAUAAACGAAUAUUUGGAUAAAAUUCGUAAGUUGAAGGAUUCUGUACGACACGAGGAAGGUAUGCCAGGAUCAUUGAAAGAAAUGUUAAGCGAAGCUAUGUCUUUGUUAACAUCAUUGCCCAGAGAAAUGGAGGAACGUGGAAAUUAUAUUGAAAAUAAUUUACAAUUAAGAUUGAAUUAUGCCCAAUUAGCUGAUAAAUUGCACAAUUGGGUUAAGGAAGCUGAGAUUAGGUUGGAUAGUGAUAAAGAUGGACUAGAUUUUGAAAAUAUUCUUAGCGAUUUGGAAGAACACAAGAUAUACUUCAGUACAGAAUCAUCGAUUCGCGAAUUAGUUUCUCAACAAAUCCAACAAGCAGCAGACAAAAUAUGGCCAUCGUUGAAUAGUUCUGAACAAGAAGAAUUAAGUACCGAACAACAACAGCAUACUCAAUUGUUAAAGAACACAUUGAAUACUGCUAGAUCUCAACGAGCUCGCAUGGAACAAGGUGCAGAAACUUGGAGAGAUUACAGUCAAACUUUGGAACGUGUGCGUGCUGUCAUAGCUAGGACAAGAUUCACUGAUGAACCUGUUACAACGUUAGCCGGCUUGCAGUUUAAUAUUCAAAAGAUUACGCAUGCAUUAAAUGAUAUUCAGAAUCAACAGUUCGAAUUAGAUUUGUUGAACGAACGUGGUCGUGAAGUUCUACAUUUGGCUAAUCCCCGUAACAAAAAGAAGAUAGAAGAACAAUCAUCCGAGAUAACUACCGAAUGGAAAGAAUUGGUUUCUGGUUUAGAAGGUCGUAGAGAUGCACUUGAAGCACUUUCAAGACAUUGGGAAGAAUUGGAAGCACGUUAUUCUCACGUUGAAACUCGAUUGAACGCCAUUGAAGAAAAAAGCAAACUCAUCGAUACGAUUGUUAGAUCUAAACAACAUUUACAAGAUACCAGUAAAGCUUUAUAUGAAUCAAUUACGGAUGCUGAUAAACUUAGACCGGCAACAGAGGAAAUACAAACAUUAGCAGGACCAGUACUUAUUUAUCUGUCAGCUUUCACACAAGCCCCGGCAUGUGCACUCGAGGAACGCAUCAAACAUCUUCAAAAAUCCGCAGAAUCACUCGUUGGUUCAUUACGGGAGAAAUCGAAGAAAGCUGAAGAAGAUCUCGAGGAACUUGAAAAUCUAGAGAACGAGAUCGAAAGAUUGCGUAAAAGUUUGAACGAGUCGCGAAACUUAGCGACGAAUUUAUACGUAUUCGGUGCAGAUCAGGAUACAGCCGAUAACGAGGUUAAGGAAUUGAAAUCUCACUUGGAGGAUUUGAUUGAUAGUGCAAAGAAAUUUUGUGGAAAGACUAAGGCGCGGUACCAAGUUACCCAGCAGUUGGUGCCAACCGAUUUGUCCCAGCAUUUGACGGCUCUCGAGCUUUGUGCCGAGGCUAGUGCACAAGCUAUGGAUGAGAAACAGAGAGAACUUAAACGGGCCAGGACCACUAGGUCGGAUUAUUUGACCGACGUAGAUGAAGUUCAGGCAUGGGUAAGGCAAGCUGAGAUCAAAGUGCAGGACAGGUCAGUUGAACCUAUUGCACUUAGGGAAAGUUUAAGACAAAUACAAAACGAGCUGGGACCCGUAAUGGAUAAACUCGAACGAUUAACGAGAAAUGCUCGUGUGAUCAUCGAUAAUACGAGAGACGAUAACGAAAAGGAAUACAUCGAUAAAACGGUUAACGAUUUGAACGAACAAUUGGGACAAGUCAAAAGUUGGCUUGACGAAAAGAGACAAAUUGUUGGCGACACUUUAGACGCGUGGCAAAGGUUUUUAACACUUUACGAUGCUGUCAGGGCAUGGACGGAAGAAAAGAAGCAAUUCCUAACGGAACCGUUAAAACUCAGUACCCUCAUUCAGGCCAGACAAAGGCUUCACGAAUAUUCGACCGCUGUUAAAAGCUGUAAACAGGUUAACAAAAAUCUAAGCGACAUGGCCAAAGAAUUAGACAACAUUCGUCAAGUAACAACGACUGGUGAUUUACCGGAGAAAUUUACCGAGGCUGAGGAAGCCAAGAUACACGUAGAGGGUCAACUAUUGGAAAGAAACGCAUUGCUGCAAGAAACUAGCGAGGAAUGGGAACAAUGCGAAAGAAAGAUGAAGGAGGUUAAAAGUUGGAUGGAAAAAGCUAAACAGAUACUCGAGUCGCCCCAAAAUAAGAAAAAACCUUUGCACGAUCAGCACGCAAUUAGGGAAAAAAUGUUGAGCGACGUUACGAUACAAAAGACCAAAAUUAAAAUGUCGAUAGAAAAAUUGCGUGUACAUUUUAGAUCCGGUAUAGGUGGCGACAAAAAGAUAUCCGAAAUUGCCGAAGAAUUGUUAUCGGAAUUAGACGUCCUUUAUAAAACCGUAACGGAAGAGACUGCAUCAUUGGAACUAUGUUUGGAUCAGAUCGAUCAAUAUCAACAGGAAAUACAAAAAUUACGUCAAAAGGUUGUUCAAGUGGAACAGCAACUUAGGACAGUAUUAAGCCCGACGUAUUUACCUAACAACAGGGAAAAAGCUAUUCAAGAACAACAGAUUUAUCGUGAAAAUAUUAAAUCUCUGCAAAAUAAAAUCCAAUCGUUUACCGAAAGAACGAAGUUAAUCGUUCAAAGGGGCACACCCGACACAGAAAUUUUGGAUCUGUGACAAUAAAUUAAUUUCGUAGUUCUUUAAAUAUGUUCCUGUCGUCAUCAUCAAUUACUAUCAAUUAUCAAAUCAAAUUUAUAUCUACGAACACGAUGGGCCAAAAUGUCAUUUCGCAUUGAUU